AUGAUCCGCGGACUGCAGGCCUACCUCCACGACUGCGGCCUCAUCCAGUCGUGCCCGCUCACCGCCCUCAAGGACACCCGCCUCGGCAUCGACGUAUCCUACUACCUAAAGCAGAUCCUAUCCGCGCCAUCUUCUUCGGAACCCCUCGUCGCGGCCCUCGGCGGCCAGCCCCUCGCCAUCAUCUCCCACAUCGAGCGAGACCUCCGCUCCCUCGAACGCCUCGCCAUCCGCCCCGUCUUUGUCCUCAACGGCCUCUCGCCCAACAAAAAGUCGAGGCCCUUCAGCUACGACGACCCAAGGCCAAAGCAGAGGCAGAGGGCAUGGGAGGCCUACGAGAGCGGCAACGUCGACCUCGCAGAUCAGAUCCUCAGCACCAGCAACAGCCUCCACUACCCGGACCUCUACCGCGCCAUCCUCCGCGCCUUCCGCCACCGCAACGUCGAGUUCCUCGUAGCACCUUACCUCGCAUCCGGACAGCUCGUCUCCCUAGAACGCCACUCCAAGGGCUACGUCCACUCCAUGUACGGCUCCAGCGAGCUCCUCCUCUUUGACCGCGUCGACAAGGUCAUCACCAACCUCAACCUCCAGGACGGCACCUUUCAAUACGUCUCGAAGCAGUCGAUCAUGAACGAGCUCCGCUGCUCCGAGGAGCACUUCCUCGACGUCGGCCUCCUCGCCGGCUCCGACCUCUGCGCAACGUUUCCUGCCCUCCAGGACGGCUCCCUCGGACCGCCGCCACCCCACGCCGGCGCGCCGCCAAACAUCCGGCAGCUCAGCGACCUCGUCAGGCAGUACCGCAACGGCUACACGCUCUGCAUGGCCUUUGAGCAGCACCCGGGGGUGCUCAAGGCGGCCUACGUCGACCAGUUUUGCCGCGCAAGGACCAUGGUCAAGUUCUGCCUGGUCCUGUCGGCCGAGGAGGGCCGGGUGCUGCCCCUGCCGCUGGCGACGCCACCACCGCCGCUGCCGGCCAACCCACAUCAUGUUGGCGUCAACGGGGCGGGCCCGGCAGCGGGGGGCGGGCCCAUGAGCGCGGCGACGGGCGGCGCGCCCAUCCUGACGGCGGCCGAUGUGCCGGUCGACCUGCACGACGUCUUUUCCCACCGCCUUCCCGACGAGGUCUUUCUCCACCUCUCGCGCGGCUUGAUUGGCAUCAGCGUCGUGUCGAACCUGACGAGCGGCUUCGUCAUCGAGGUGCCGCCGCUCGACAACGGCGAGACCGAGGACUACCGGCGCUACGUCCGCGAGAAUCUGACCGAAACGCCGCAGAGCCCGCGGUGCGUGUCGAUCGCGCUCGCGUGCUCUGCCCUCAACGGCUUCUGGAGCUCGCGCAAGACGUCGGCCGUCUACUAUUUCCAGCCCUCGGUCGACCACGUCAUCCCGCACGACUCGGCGGCGACGCUGCAGCUCAUCAACCGCGUCAACCAGUGGAACGUCCCCGUGCGCUUUGUCGAAGAGGAGCUGCGCCGCCAGAACUCGAGCACCAUCGACAUUGCCCUGUGCCUGGGCGCGACCACGUCCGACGCCCUGGCCAACCGGACCAAGACGGGCCGCGUCCGACUCGCCGACGGCGCCCUGUCGCAGGUGGAGAAGAAGGACGAGAUUGUGGCCAACGUCAUCUGGCGCAUGCUCGAGCUGCGCGGCUUCCUCAACCACGCCCACCUCCACACCCCCUACGCGCGCGCGUGCCACCUGGCGCUCAAGCGGGCCAGGCUCAACGACAAGCUGCAGGAGCCCCUCUACCUGGCCCUCGAGCUGAUCCGCGGCGGCGCCCUGCACGCCAACUACUACGGCAACCGCGCCUACAGCGGCGGGCCGUCGUUUGGCACGCCCGACGAAAAGCAACACAUGCUGCUGGUGAUGCGCACGCUGAGCACGCUGCCGAUGCAGUUCAAGCCGCAGAACUGGACGGCGCCGCUGAGCCGGGAGCUGCUCGUCUUCAACUCGUUCCUCAAGGCCACGGCGAGGGCGAUGCGCAACCUGGUCGAGAUGAUCGCCAUGUCGAUGCUGUUGCGGGGCGACGCGAGGCGGUCGAGGGACGACUACCUCGACAUCUCCCUCAGCCUGCCGUUCCAGCACGACACCAACACCGGGCUGGGCAUCGUCGUCAAGUGCUACCUCGACGCGCUCCUCACCUUCCUCGGCGGUCCCGUCACCGACGCGCAGACCGACGACGAGGCCGUCAAGGACGCCAAGGCGAGCGUCAUCGAGAUGCUCGUCGAGACGUUUGGCAACGUCAAGGACAUCAAGUACGAGCUGGCAAGAGGGUUCCGGUUCUGGGAUGCGCUGUUGGUGGCAGUCGGGACGCUCAAGACUGAAAACGCCAUCUCGCCCGAGGUGGCGCAGCACUUUGAAGCGGCGGACAAGUGGCUGCAACCGAUGGCAAAGAUGGUCUGA